UCCAGUGCCCAAACCCUGGGAGCCGUGUCCUGGCUGAGCGAACGCGGAACCGGACGCUGGUGAGUGGACGCUCCCUAUGGUCUUCCAGAUCCGGUCUCCAGACGACGCCCUAGAGCUCCGGGCCGCCGACCCAAGCCGGCGCCGAGGGGUGACUCAGCGCGGGGGUUGGCGACUCUCUAGGACUGGAGAUUUUAAAUUGUUCAGGGCCUUGAAAACCCGCAGGACUUCACGUGAACCAGUGUCUUCGGAGCUGGUCCCGGGGAAGGGAUACCAAGAUGCCCGGCGAACAGCAGACCGAGGAGGAGGAGGAGGAGGAGAUGCAGGAGGAGAUGGUGCUGCUGGUGAAGGGUGAGGAGGAGGAGGGCGAGGCGAAGUAUGAGGUGGUGAAACUCAAGAUCCCCAUGGACAACAAGGAGGUCCUGAGCAAGGCGACAGCGCCAUCUGCAGACCCGGCGCGCCCACAUGCGUGCCCAGACUGCGGUCGUGCUUUUGCGCGCAGGUCCACGCUAGCCAAGCAUUCGCGCACGCACACGGGUGAGCGGCCCUUCGAAUGCCCCGAGUGCGGCCGGGGCUUCUCGCAGAAGUCGGCGCUGACCAAACACGGCCGCACACACACUGGCGAGCGGCCCUUCAAAUGCACGGAGUGCGGCCAGCGCUUCUCGCAGAAGUCGGCGCUGACCAAACACAGCCGCACACACACUGGCGAGCGGCCCUACCAGUGCCCAGAGUGCGACAAGUGCUUCUCAGCCGCCUCGAACCUGCAGCAGCACAGGCGGCGCCACACCGGGGAGAAGCCAUACGCGUGCACGGAGUGCGGCCGCCGCUUCGCCCAGAGCUCCAACUACGCACAGCACCUGCGCGUGCACACGGGCGAGAAGCCCUACGCCUGCCCGGACUGCGGCCGCGCCUUCGGCGGCAGCUCGUGCCUGGCGCGCCACCGGCGCACGCACACGGGCGAGCGGCCCUACCCGUGUGGCGAGUGCGGCCAGCGCUUCCGCCUCAGCUCGCACUUCAUCCGCCACCGUCGCGCGCACAUGCUGCGCCGUCUCUACAUCUGUGUUGUCUGUGGCCGAGACUUCAAGCUACCGCCUGGCGCCAAGGCCACCACUGCCACUGAGCGCUGCCCAGAGUGCGAGGCUAGAUGAGCACCCUUCUUGUCGCUGCAGCGUGCUAGUGCCUGGCUGUGGAGGAGCAUGCCAGGGCCCCAACCCCCAGGGGCUGAAUUGACCUGGAAGGACGACUCAAGGCCACCCUGGUCUGGGGAAGGGUGACAUGGCAGGACUGACUGCCCUGGACCUGGGAGACAUGGCGAAUCCCCUGCCGGGAUUUCUGGAAACUGGCCUCUUCCCCCUCACUACAAUCCUCAGCCCGUGUUAGUGAAUAAAGUAUUAUAUCUUCACCC